AUGGCGACCCCGCCUGCGGCCUCCUUUGUGCGUCAGAACUACCACCCUGAGUGUGAGGCCUACGUCAACACCCACAUCACCCUGCAGCUCUACGCCUCCUACGUGUACACGUCCAUGGCGUCCUAUUUCGAUGGCACGUCGUGCAAGCACUUGGUUGAGUUCCUCCUGCAGCAGUCAAGUAAGGAGAGGGCGCUUGCGGAGAGGCUGAUGCAGCUGCAGAACCAGCGCGGGGGCCAAAUCCACCUGCGGGACAUCAGCAGGCCUGACCGCAACAACUGGGAGAGUGGCCUGAGGGCCCUGGAGUGUGCCUUGCACCUGUCCAUCGUGGUAAACCAGAGCCUGCUUGAUCUGCACCAGCUGGCCACCCAGAAGGGGGACGGCCACCUGGGCGAUUUCCUGGAGAGUCACUACCUGCACCAACAGGUGAUGUUCAUCAAAGAGUUGGGGGACCAUGUCACUCAGCUGCGCAAGAUGGGAGCUCCGGAAUCCGGCCUGGCAGAGUACCUCUUUGACAAGCUCACCCUGGGUGGCAGCAAGAAGAACUGA